AUGGCUGUCUGCAAUUUAACUUUCGAUGAGAUACAAGGGCUCCCCUCACUUGAAGAUGAAUUCGAAUACUUUAGAGUUCUAAGUGGUGAAAAAGAAAUUGAAGUAAAAGCAGGUUCAAGCUUUGAAGCAGCAGUUAAAAUGGCAUUUACCUUACAUGUAAGAGAAGGUGGACAGCUCGAUAUCGAUGGUCGUGGUGUAGUUAUUACUGUUAUCCCGCCAAAUGGAGACGAAUUUAAAUAUAGAGCUAUUAAUGCAGACCCUGUUGCUGUUGAGCUCCUGGAAAAAAAUGUCAAAGUCUCCGAGAAUGAAGUUAAUACGGUGUCUACGACCGACGAUCCUGUUGUUUAUACUUUUACGAACGCGUCUGAGAGACUUGACUUUUCAAACGGUUCAUUAAUCGAUACAACGCUUCGAAACUAUUUUGGGUUUCCUUCGUUUAGACCUCUUCAAAAGGAAACGAUUAUUUCCACUAUGGCUGAAAAGAAUGUUCUUACAGUUGUUGGAACAGGAGGAGGAAAAACUCUCACAUACUUACUGCCUGCCGUUCUUUCUUCCCAUCCUACUCUUGUAUUAUCUCCUAUCAAGUCUUUAAUUGAUGACACCCUAGUUCGCUGCCUAAAUCUUAACAUUCGCAGUUGCAAGUUUACUGGAGAUGUUCCCCAUGAUGUGAGAAAAGAACAGAUACAUAACAUAGAAGAUUUCAAGAUUAUUUUUGCUACUCCUGAAUGCUUAGAAGACGGCGAACCACUUCGAGUUAAAGUUGAUGGACUUGCUGGUGUUGGUCAACUUGAGCGAAUAGUGUUUGACGAAGCACACACUAUAUCGAGUUGGGGAAAUACCUUUAGACCGAAUUAUAAAGAUGUAUGUAAGAAUUUGUGUAAGGCAAAGUGUCCAAAACUACUUUUGUCUGCUACAGUUCCUUUGAAAGUCGAGAAUGAUUUGAGAGAAAUUUGUGGGGACUUUACUGUCCUUCGUAGAACUGUUUAUAGAGAAAAUUUAUAUUUGGAAGUAGUUGAGCGAACUGGAAAAUUCCUUGACCAACUGUCUGAUUUCAUUUCGCAAAACAAAGAUGCUUGUGGUAUUGUUUACUGCGUACUCCCUAAAGAUGUUUGCAAGAUACAUGGUGAACUUUUAAAACGAGGAAUUAAUGCUGUGAAGUAUCAUGGUAAAUUGUCUGAUGCUGUUAAAUUAUCCAGUCAGUCCAAGUGGAUGAGUGGUGAAGUAAUUGUUAUUGUGGCAAACUCGUCAUUUGGGAUGGGUAUUGACAAGGCUAAUGUGAGGUAUGUUUUACAUGCAAAAUUGCCCACUAACAUUGAAGAAUACUUUCAACAAUGUGGCAGAGCAGGUCGUGAUGGCUUGCCAUCACACUGUAAGCUUUUUUAUAAUUACAGUGAUAAAAACAUUCUGUAUCGACUGUUUGAUGAACAAGUCAUAGCACAAUACAAAGGUGUAAAUGACUUGAUUGUACUUCUUGAAAACCCAGUGCAGUGCCUUCAUCAAGGCAUAAUGAGCUAUUUUGGAGAAAAGCAUGAUAGCUUUAUAUGUGUCUUACUGGAUGCAGCAAUUGUAAACACCGUGGAACUCAUCAGAUCACUGAUGGUACAUCAGAUGCUUUAAAAGUUUUGCAAGCAGUUGUUGAAUUAAGCAACAUUAACUUAACAUGCAAUGAUUUGAAGCUGUAUUUAGCUGGUAGCAACCAGAAAUGUGUGUCACAUUUGCAAGAAUAUGCCACAUUUGGAAGCUUAGGGAAGAAGUUUGUACCUGUUUCUUUGCUAGCAAAGUUCUUACAUCUGUUAAUUGUUGGUGAUAUCCUAACUGAAAGAAUACACAAGAAAGGUACUGGCAGCAGUAUUUCUGUUGAAAUAACUCUUGGAAGCAAGGCUCAUGACUUGCUUGCUAACAACUUUAUGAUAGAUAAGUAUGAAAAGACAUGA